AUAUGAAGGCCUGUGGGUAAUCGUGGAGCCAGAUGGAGAGGAUAAGACAAAAUAGAAAUGUGAUGUUGGGGUCUCCUUAUGUUUUACUAGGAGCCCAAGGGAAAUAAUAGUAAUAUACUCUCUGGUUAUGUUAAUAAAUGCCUCAUCUUAUGCCUCCUAUUCUUUGCUACUUAAUUACUUACUUAAACAAGUUGGUAAUCGAUAGAUAAAUCAAUGAUUACAAUAAAUACUUUUGUAAGUAGAUUUAGACACACUAAAUUCGUUAUUGUGUCAAAAUUAUAUAAUGCAGGAGCAGUCUGUGCAGUAUAAUCAUAAUGUUUCAUAUUGUAGUGAAAUUAACAAUAAAGUAGAAACGACAACAACACAUAAUACGCCAUUAUGUUGGAUAAAAGAUAAUGUCGAUAACAUAAAAAAUGAACGACUGUCUGAAAAUAUUAAAAUCAUGGAGAAUUUACAAAACACCUUUAAUAAUAAUAAUUCUGAGUACUGUGAAUGUGAUUGUAGUCGAGUGGAAAAACUGGAAUCAUCUUUAACCAGUCAUGUUGUUACAUUCCCCAAAUGUAAACAUAAUAAACAAAAGCUUGAUAUACUGAAACCGAAUGAUUAUUUGAACUUUGCAUAUGAACGUAUGGACAGUGAUAUUUCCAAGCAGAAAUCUGAUAAGGAUAGACCGAUUUCUAAUCAAAUAAAUGACCAGGUUCAUUUAACAGAAACACGAGAAUGUUAUGAUACAGUCAACGAAAUUCCUGAUGGAAAUUCAAUAGGAAGAAUUAAAGAUGACGAAAACAUUCAACUUUCAAGUGCUGUGUUAAACAGCAAAACUAACAACAUUGACAAAAGUAAUAACCUAUGCAAAUCAGAACAGGCCUACACGAAUCAACACGAUAAGAAUGCCAAAAAACCACAGAUUAAGAGUCAAAUACAAAGACACCCGAUUAAAUUAUGCUCAAAGUCGGAAAGUAGCGUAGAACGAACCCAAAACUGCCACCAGAAGACCACCAUAAAACCCGCACAAAUCUCCUAUGAAAAACAAAACGACAAAAACACCACAAAAAUAAAUAAUCUAAGAUGCAACGUGAAGACGUACUAUUCAACAUUCGGUGGUUGCACGACAUACAAAGCAGAUUUCCGUGGGACUCCAGAGAAGAGAGUUGAGCCGGUGAAGAAGCCAGACAAUCUGAAGGUGUUUGACGGUGCUUUUGAUAAUUGUACAAACUAUCGUACAGAUUAUCGUGGAGCGGAUGAGGGUCGUCCGAGUCCGAUAAAGAUGGUGGACAACUUGAAGACGUCUGGUGAUCGAUUCGAUAGUUGUACGAUGUACAGAACAGAUUUCCGUGGGACUCCAGAGAAGAGAGUUGAGCCGGUGAAGAAGCCAGACAAUCUGAAGGUGUUUGACGGUGCUUUUGAUAAUUGUACAAACUAUCGUACAGAUUAUCGUGGAGCGGAUGAGGGUCGUCCGAGUCCGAUAAAGAUGGUGGACAACUUGAAGACGUCUGGUGAUCGAUUCGAUAGUUGUACGAUGUACAGAACAGAUUUCCGUGGGACUCCAGAGAAGAGAGUUGAGCCGGUGAAGAAGCCAGACAAUCUGAAGGUGUUUGACGGUGCUUUUGAUAAUUGUACAAACUAUCGUACAGAUUAUCGUGGAGCGGAUGAGGGUCGUCCGAGUCCGAUAAAGAUGGUGGACAACUUGAAGACGUCUGGUGAUCGAUUCGAUAGUUGUACGAUGUACAGAACAGAUUUCCGUGGGACUCCAGAGAAGAGAGUUGAGCCGGUGAAGAAGCCAGACAAUCUGAAGGUGUUUGACGGUGCUUUUGAUAAUUGUACAAACUAUCGUACAGAUUAUCGUGGAGCGGAUGAGGGUCGUCCGAGUCCGAUAAAGAUGGUGGACAACUUGAAGACGUCUGGUGAUCGAUUCGAUAGUUGUACGAUGUACAGAACAGAUUUCCGUGGGACUCCAGAGAAGAGAGUUGAGCCGGUGAAGAAGCCAGACAAUCUGAAGGUGUUUGACGGUGCUUUUGAUAAUUGUACAAACUAUCGUACAGAUUAUCGUGGAGCGGAUGAGGGUCGUCCGAGUCCGAUAAAGAUGGUGGACAACUUGAAGACGUCUGGUGAUCGGUUCGAUAGUUGUACGAUGUACAGAACAGAUUUCCGUGGGACUCCAGAGAAGAGAGUUGAGCCGGUGAAGAAGCCAGACAAUCUGAAGGUGUUUGACGGUGCUUUUGAUAAUUGUACAAACUAUCGUACAGAUUAUCGUGGAGCGGAUGAGGGUCGUCCGAGUCCGAUAAAGAUGGUGGACAACUUGAAGACGUCUGGUGAUCGAUUCGAUAGUUGUACGAUGUACAGAGCAGAUUUCCGUGGGACUCCAGAGAAGAGAGUUGAGCCGGUGAAGAAGCCAGACAAUCUGAAGGUGUUUGACGGUGCUUUUGAUAAUUGUACAAACUAUCGUACAGAUUAUCGUGGAGCGGAUGAGCGUCGUCCGAGUCCGAUAAAGAUGGUGGACAACUUGAAGACGUCUGGUGAUCGAUUCGAUAGUUGUACGAUGUACAGAACAGAUUUCCGUGGGACUCCAGAGAAGAGAGUUGAGCCGGUGAAGAAGCCAGACAAUCUGAAGGUGUUUGACGGUGCUUUUGAUAAUUGUACAAACUAUCGUACAGAUUAUCGUGGAGCGGAUGAGGGUCGUCCGAGUCCGAUAAAGAUGGUGGACAACUUGAAGACGUCUGGUGAUCGAUUCGAUAGUUGUACGAUGUACAGAGCAGAUUUCCGUGGGACUCCAGAGAAGAGAGUUGAGCCGGUGAAGAAGCCAGACAAUCUGAAGGUGUUUGACGGUGCUUUUGAUAAUUGUACAAACUAUCGUACAGAUUAUCGUGGAGCGGAUGAGGGUCGUCCGAGUCCGAUAAAGAUGGUGGACAACUUGAAGACGUCUGGUGAUCGAUUCGAUAGUUGUACGAUGUACAGAGCAGAUUUCCGUGGGACUCCAGAGAAGAGAGUUGAGCCGGUGAAGAAGCCAGACAAUCUGAAGGUGUUUGACGGUGCUUUUGAUAAUUGUACAAACUAUCGUACAGAUUAUCGUGGAGCGGAUGAGGGUCGUCCGAGUCCGAUAAAGAUGGUGGACAACUUGAAGACGUCUGGUGAUCGGUUCGAUAGUUGUACGAUGUACAGAACAGAUUUCCGUGGGACUCCAGAGAAGAGAGUUGAGCCGGUGAAGAAGCCAGACAAUCUGAAGGUGUUUGACGGUGCUUUUGAUAAUUGUACAAACUAUCGUACAGAUUAUCGUGGAGCGGAUGAGGGUCGUCCGAGUCCGAUAAAGAUGGUGGACAACUUGAAGACGUCUGGUGAUCGAUUCGAUAGUUGUACGAUGUACAGAACAGAUUUCCGUGGGACUCCAGAGAAGAGAGUUGAGCCGGUGAAGAAGCCAGACAAUCUGAAGGUGUUUGACGGUGCUUUUGAUAAUUGUACAAACUAUCGUACAGAUUAUCGUGGAGCGGAUGAGGGUCGUCCGAGUCCGAUAAAGAUGGUGGACAACUUGAAGACGUCUGGUGAUCGGUUCGAUAGUUGUACGAUGUACAGAACAGAUUUCCGUGGGACUCCAGAGAAGAGAGUUGAGCCGGUGAAGAAGCCAGACAAUCUGAAGGUGUUUGACGGUGCUUUUGAUAAUUGUACAAACUAUCGUACAGAUUAUCGUGGAGCGGAUGAGGGUCGUCCGAGUCCGAUAAAGAUGGUGGACAACUUGAAGACGUCUGGUGAUCGAUUCGAUAGUUGUACGAUGUACAGAACAGAUUUCCGUGGGACUCCAGAGAAGAGAGUUGAGCCGGUGAAGAAGCCAGACAAUCUGAAGGUGUUUGACGGUGCUUUUGAUAAUUGUACGAACUAUCGAAGAGAAUUUCCUGCAAGAGAUGUCGUACGUGUUUCUCCUGUUAAGUUGACGGAUAAUCUUUUAACAUAUAGUGGUCUGUGUGGUUAUGGGUGUGUUCGCCACAGUGAUUGUAAUGGCUGUGCAAAUGGAUUAGCGGAUACAUCGCGCAAUUCGUCGCUUUGUUGCUGUACAUCUGGUGGACCUACUGGAAAUCAACUGUUUCUUGGCGUCGAUGAUCCAUGUUAUUUUAAAGAGAAGACAACAUAUCGUGUUGAAUUCCGGAAACCUACUAUUAAUAGGCGAAGUCUGCGGAAACCUCGUGACAACUUGUUUGUAUGUAGUUGCCGUUGCUGUAACAAAGUACUAUGCUCUCCAUGUUCUUGUUCUCAAGUGGAUUUCAGGAAUAUAAAUAGUGUUGAUGGAUGUUUAGUGUCUUUAUCAGCAUAAUAAUAAUAAGAACAUGAAUUUUUAGAAAGUGGAAAUCCGCUUAUAUCGGAGAUAUAAACUGGUCUACGCUUAUUUCUGUGUCAAUAAAUCUAAUUCAAACUGUACUAGAUU